AUGCAAGUCAGAAAUAUUCAGAACAUAGCACCGAGUCUAACUGACAAGAGUAUAAAGAUAUACUAUGAACAUGUUAUGAUGAAACCAACCAAAAUUCAAGAAAGUCAGUAUACUUAUGAAUAUCCAAGACACUGGGUAGAGUAUGUAGGAGGUGAGAAAGCUAUUGAAAUAAGACAAGUUAGAAGUAUUCCAGCAGGAAGAACAAUAUUAUUGAAGAACUUUAAUGUUUUGAGAUAUAAUGAUGAAACAAAGAAGCAAGAUAGUUUCCCUGUUGCUGUGUAUGUGAACUUAGAUACAGGAGAUGACAUGAAAGUUUUUAACACAAAGCUUCAAACGGUAGUGAGAACAACUUACUGCGGAAGGACAUCCAUUACCUUCAGAAGUUACCAUAGCAUAUAA